AUGGAAAACGAUGGUCAGAUCACCUUGCUGAACGAUAUCGAUGCUCUUAGCACAAACUACACUAUCAAGGUUAAAAUUGUUAGUUUGUGGAGGAAGAAGAUGAGAGCUAAUAAAAGAGAGACUUAUCGUAUAGAUAUGAUACUGAUGGAUGAAAUGGGUACCAAGAUUCAAGCAUCUUGCUUGCAUAAGCUAUUUUCAAAGUUUGAGAGGCAUCUUAUUGUUGAUGAAUGUCUUAUCAUAAAACGGCCUUCCCUUGCUGCGAACACUACAUUUUUCAAGAUUGUACCUAGCAAUCAGAAGUUAUCUUUUCACUACCAUACGUUUGUGGAAAAGUGCAAAAAAUGGGAGGGUCCGCAGUAUGUUUUCAAUUUUGUUGAUUUUAAUGAUGUUCUGUCACAGAAAAUAAAGGAGGGUACGACAGUAGAUUUCAUUGGUUAUGUUUGUGUUUGUUAUAACAUCGAGGAAACGAACAAAAAGGAUGGUAGUAAAGGGAAACGCCUUAAUCUUAAGCUUCAAGAUCUUGAAGAUGUUCAGAUCGAUUUAACUCUUUGGGAUGAUUACGCUAAGGACAUGUAUUCUUACAUGGUUAGUGAAAAGCGUGAAGCACAUGUUGUCGUUGUUGUCCAUUUUGGUGCUGUUAAGACAUACAAAGGUAAAUGGGGUUUUUCUAAUAACUUUGAUGGUUCACGCCUUUUCAUUAAUGACAACUUUGAUGACAUGCUAUUAUUUAGGCAAAAGUUUCUUGCAAAACUUGCUGCUUCGACUGAGUCAAGUAGCCAUGCUGGGUCAUAUAUCAUGUGUUCUGUCGAAGAUGAAUUUUUAAAGAACGAUGUGUUUUCACCAAUUUCUUAUCUUGGAUCAAUCAUAGAGAAAGUUGUUGUUGUUGGAACUAUCGUUGCAAUUGUUUCAGAUAAGAUGUGGUAUUAUGAUGGGUGUAACUAUUGCAAGUCCAAAGUUGAGCAAAAGUUUGAAACAUAUGAUAAGGAUGAUGGAACAAGUGAUGUUAAAGAUGAGAAGUUGUAUCAAUGUUCUAACAAGGAUUGUAAUGGUAAAGAAGUUUUCCCGUUGUCCAGGUUUAAAAUACCGGUUCGUGUUCAAGAUUCAACCGGUACGGUGACACUUACAUUGUUUGAUCAUGAGGCGAUGAAGUUUGUUGGUAAAACUGCAAAGGAACUUAUAGAGAUUCAGGACGAGUUACUGAAGUCGAAUGAGAAUCCCGGACAAUAUCCAGUUGAAUUUGAAUCAUUGGUUAACCUAAAGUGUGCUUUCGUGAUUAAAGUAACUGACUUUAAUAUUGUCAAUGCUGUCGAGAAUUAUGGAAUCUCAGUUGUUACCACUGAUGAAGACAUCUUGGAUAAGCUGAACAAAAAAUUCAAAAUUGACCAAGAAAGCUAUUGUUUUCUUGAUGUAUCUGAUUCUUUUGGUAUGACUCAGUCUAAGCUCCAAGCUACUGGUGGUGAAAGUUUUAAGGAUGCGGAUUCUUACACUGGGGAUAACACCACACCUGUGUCAAAGGAUGACGUGUGUGACUUGAAGCAACCAUCUUCUGAUAUGAAGCGUAACCUGGAUGAUGUUUAUUUGAAUGAAGAGAGAUUGGGGUCGUCAGCGAUACUCUGUGGUGGUAACAAAAUGCAGAAUACGUUUCAACAACUUACUUCAUAUUCUUCUGAACGUCCACACCUUGUCAUCGCUGACGAAGCUGUUCAGGCUAAACACAGGCGGAAGUUAAGAAAACUAUACCUUGAUAGUAAGAGAUCAAGGAUUAGUAGUAAUAUGAUUUCUAAAAGUGGAUGCUCAACGUCUUCAUCAUCAACACGAUUUAUUUUGAAUAACAAAGAGAAUUUAACUCCCAAUUUUUCAAUACCAACAUUUACUACCCAAUCAUCAACUCUUAUACCGACCCGUAAUCAUUUAAAUUCCUCGGUUAACGUAACAUCUUCCAUUAUUACACCUUCUACAAUGAAGAAGAAAGGAAAUGUACUACAAGAUAAGUAUACAACACCAAAUCGUACACCGUUUGCAAAUAUAGAAAACAUAACACCAGAUAAUAUUGCAAGCUCAUCAACUUUACCAUUGAAUGACUGCUACUCUUUUAAUCCCCCAAUAACCAAUAAACGUAACACAAGUUGUUCGAUCUCCGAAAUUACCUCGCUUAAAAAGAUGUCUUCUGGAAAGCGUAGACUUAUUCAUAAACCAAUUGAAAUAGAAGCCAUACCAAUGGCUCCUCUUGAUUCUGAUGAUGAAAAUCAUAUUCACGAGGUUGUUGUAGACGCCACCAAAGGCGUAUCCAAAGAUUACGUUGACCAUGGUGACCAAUCUCUUACGUGUGGUUUAUGCUUUGCAAAGUUAUGGGCUACCAAAGGUGGAAAGGGUCGCAUUACACUUCAAAAACAAACAUAUAGCUUAUGUUGUGGAUAUGGUAAAGUUGACUUGCCUGAAUAUAAAGAUUCUCAUCCAUCUUAUCAGAUGCUUUUUAGCUCUUUAGAUCAAGAAAGCAAGUUUUUCUUAAAGAAUAUAAGACGUUACAAUUCUAUGUUUUCCUUUACUUCAAUGGGAGGAAAAGUAGAUACUAAAAUAAACAAAGGAAAUGCUCCAUAUGUUUAUAGAAUCAGUGGUCAGAAUGCACAUAGUAUGGGUAGUCUUCUUCCUAAGGACGGAGCCCAGCCAAAAUUCUCACAACUUUAUAUCUAUGAUACUGAGAAUGAGCUUGCUAAUAGAGAGUUGUUAUUUGGUGCUUCUACAAGCAAAGCAUCUUUAAGGGCAAAGGAACUUGAUGCUAAAUUUAUAAAGUUUCUUACCAACAUGUUAGAUUCUACGAAUAUGCUGGUAAAAACUUACAGAAUGGUACGCGACCACCUCCAUGAGAAUCCUAACGUUUCCCUUAGGCUACGGAUAAUCUCACAGAGAGAUCGUGACGGAAGGACAUACAAUUCACCUACGUGUUCUGAAGUUGCUGCUUUAAUAGUUGAUGAACCUGAUCUCAAGAUAGAAAGUCGUGAUAUUAUUGUCGAAAAGCGUUCAGGAGUCCUUAAGCGUAUUAGCGAGUUACAUCCUUCUUACCUUGCUCUCCAGUAUCCGAUUCUUUUUCCGUACGGAGACGAUGGCUAUAGGAUUAAUAUUCCUCAUAGGGAAUUUGGUCCUAACACAAAGAAGACAAGACCAACUUGCACUAUGAGGGAGUUUUUUUCUUAUAGAAUUCAGGAUAGACAUAACAAGUUUUCUCUAAUUCUUAAUGCAAGAAGGUUGUUUCAGCAGUUUUUAGUCGAUGCCUACACAAUGAUUGAAAGUGAGAGGCUCAACUUCAUACGUUUUCAGCAAAUCAAACUGAGAUCUGACUCGCUUAAAAGUCUUAAAAAUGUUCAAGAGGUUGGUCAGAGUGAUUUGAGUCAUACAGGACAACCUGUUAUAUUACCGUCAUCAUUUACUGGUGGUUCUCGAUACAUGAUGCAAAACUAUUUGGAUGCUAUGGCGUUAUGUCGGAAUUAUGGGUAUCCUGAUUUCUUUAUCACAAUCACAUGUAAUCCGAAAUGGCCUGAAAUUGUUAGAUUUAUUGGUGACUCAUCAAUUAAGCCAGAAGACAGACCUGACAUACUUUGUCGAUUGUUUAAGAUGAAACUCGAUGAAUUGAUAAAUGAUUUGAAGCAAAAAAAAAAAUAUUUGGUGAUAUUAAUGCAGUUGUUUACACAGUUGAGUUUCAAAAGCGUGGUUUGCCACAUGCGCAUAUUUGCUUAUUUAUGAAAGCUGAUCAUAAGCUUCCUACGGUUGAACACAUUGAUCCAUUUAUCUCAGCUGAAAUUCCUGAUAAAAACGAGGAUCCUGAAUUGUAUUCUCUUGUGAGUGACUUUAUGAUUCAUGGUCCUUGCGGACAUGCCAACAAGAAAUGUCCAUGCAUGGUUGGGAACCGUUGUUCUAAGAAUUUUCCAAAGAAGUUUUUGGAAUCCACUUCCAUUGAUUCUGAUGGAUUUCCCGUUUAUAGAAGAAGAG